ACGGGCAGCGGCCGGACUUCGCGCGCCUUUGACGUCACCAGUGGCGAGUUGCUAGGUAGCGCUGCGGGGGGCCAUGAUGCCAAGCAGGGCGAGCCCAACUACCGCUGCGGGGGUGUCAGGGGUAUCGGUUACUGCGCAACACAAGAAUGUCUUUUGUUGAGAAAAUUAGCGCCACCGUCAGUCAUAAUAGACAACCUUAAAUGUGAUAGGUAGGAUUUAAACUUGAUUUUGAUUGAAUAUAUGUAAUUUAAGGACCAAAUUCGCGUUGUUAAAGCGGCGAAAAGGGAGGUUGGAAACGUUCCAGUGAGUUCGGACACCCCUCCAGCCGUGAAAAUUUCCCCGGUCCCAGCCUGGAGAAUCCAAGAUGGCGUCCGGAUCUGAGUUGGAGUCCAGCCUAACGUCUAUGGACUGGCUACCGCGCCUGAACGUCGGCGGCGCGAUGAAGACCAGCGCCGUCGGCGGGUUAGGCGUCCAGGCCAUCCGGAAAUCCCAGAACGCGCUAGACGGGGACGGAGCGGCGGAUGGGAGCGACGGAACGGCGGGCGGGCGGGACGGCAAGCCGCCGUACAGCUACGCCAACCUCAUAACCUUCGCCAUCAACUCCUCUCCCAAGAAGAAAAUGACGCUGUCCGAAAUCUACCAGUGGAUCUGCGACAACUUUCCUUACUACAGAGACGCUGGGAACGGAUGGAAAAACUCCAUAAGACACAACCUGUCCCUAAAUAAAUGCUUCCUCAAGGUACCAAGGUCGAAGGACGACCCAGGAAAAGGUUCUUAUUGGGCAAUAGACAACAAUCCACAGGAGGACCCCAUCCCUGCCAGACAAAAACCUCGCAAGAGGAGGUCCAGUGACAGGCCCUACAGUCCCGAGGAGAGCCUGCACAGCUCCAACAGUAGUGGCAGUCUGGGCAUGUCUGGUCCCACUCUGGCAGCUCUCAACUACGGACAGGCUGCCAUUCCUCAGAUUAUAGAGCCCAAGGCUGGCUGGGUGGACAACAAUCCUGCAUUCGAGGACCUCAGUGCUUCUUUCCGCAGCCUCUACAAACAGGUGUUCGAACAGUCGUCAUCAGGACAGCUCUCUACAUCAUCAUCCAGUGGCAUGACCACCCUAGGAACAGUUGCCACGAGCAACCGGUCGACGCCCGGCAACUCAGCUGUGUUCAGUAAACCAGCACCAACACCACAGGCUCUGGCAGCAUCACUAACAGCUUCUAAUAUAGCCGGAGACUGGUUGACAAGUCUGGACCUGCUGAAGGAGAGCUGUCGUCUGGCCGGGAGCUACAACUGGGGAGACAUUGACAUGUCACAGUUUCAAGGUCUAAUGGAGAGUAUGAAGCAGGCAGAUCUGAAUAACUGGUGUCUGGACCCGUCACAAUUCUCUGAUCUCUGUUCAUCCCUCAGUCGGUUCUUCAACCAAACCGGCAUCGCACAGGCUGCCUCAACCAGACUUCACGAUGGUGGAAACGACCCGCUAGGAGCCAGUAAGGCCAGUAAUGCCAGCAGUUACGGCUCCAGUCACCACAGUGGCAGUCUGGGUACGCGAACGUCGAUUGCAGGCUCCAUGCACCUGUCUGGGAACCACCUGAGCGUGAUGAACGCCAGCGGAAGCACCUCGAGCCUCGGGUCCCACCACAGCGUCAGCCCGCGGGCGCACCCGCGGCCCCAGCACCCCAUCCCGGUCGAGUCCGCGGCAUCACAGUUCACUAACGACGAUAUAGAGGACGAUUUUAAUUGGGACUCGCUAGUUUAGAGGGUUUUAGUAUCCAUGUGUGAGUCAAACAGUGUGAAUGAGAAACUCAGCUGAACACGCAAAGAUGGCAGCUCACCUUUGACCCGUUCUGGAGUCACUACUGUGGUCAUGUGACUUUGGUACGUAGUGGGUCAUUUUUCCUCAUGAAGGCUUCACCUAUUCUGGAGUCACAUGACUAUGGACAUGUGACUUUGGUACAUAGUGGGUCAUUUUUCUGAAGAAGGCUCAAGAGACAAGAAAAUUUGAAUUAUCUUUGACCAAUCACUGGAGUCACUGAGGUCAUGUGACUUUGGUAACAGGUCACUUUCCCUGAAGAAGGCUAAAGUGACCACCCCCCAAAUUUGGUGAGCCUGAUUUUCUCUGCGUGUCAGGUCAAAGUUGAGUUUCUCAUUACUGUGGCGUUUUAGCAGCAUCUCUACUUUAACCCUUGGCCUGCUAACCCACCAGUGCACCAGGAUCUGCCUGGUACAUGGGGGCACCCUUAGCUGGCUACAGGUUAAUCUCUGGAAUGUUUAUCAAGGCACUUUUUUGUCUCUACAUUGAGUUUUUUCCCUCUACAUGAUUUCUUUUCCUUCUCGUUAUCAAUUUGUUGUAUCUUUCCCCUCUCAACUAAAUUUGAAAUCUAAAGGCUCCUAAGUGCAGAGAGCAACUGAUGGAAGUCUUGUAGGUAUGGCAGUUAGCUAGACAUGGUAGUUAUGCUGGGUACGUCAGUGUGAAAGGUAAAUUUGCAGGUUGGUACAUGUAGUUGUAUUGUUUGGUACUGCAUGUAUGUUGGGUAGUUAUAAUUAUAUAUAGAUAGGGAAACCAGUUAGCUAGGCAUCAUCAUUAUCAUCAGUCAUUCCAAGCCUCAUGAAACAUCAACAUUAGGCCCUCCCUACUAGUUCGUCCAGGCAUCUUUACCACAAGUCAGAUACAGCAAUACCAGAAGUCAAGACUCAUAAUUACUAGUACUUACUGAUAUCGUAUAGGAAAACAUUGAUCUUAACACUUCAGACAAUCAGGUGACUUUGGGGCCGCUUGGAAAAUUGAAUUUGGAGAUGAAGCAUAGAAACGAGCAAUUGUGUUCCUGUGGCCCAUGGAGAAUGUGCAAUAUGGGAAAACCACUAUAAUUUCAGUUACGGAAGAACUUGGCUUCCUUAGAAGAACAUUGGUUAGCAGGGCCCUGAGAUGUGUACAAGUCUUUCGACCAAUGUUUUGGUCAUUGUGAGAUGCCAGUGGCAGGGCACAGGACUUUUUCCUCUUUUACCCACAAAACUUGCAGGUAGACAGAGUUAAAAUCUAUUGAAUUUCAGUGCAAAACUAGUUGAAAUCAAACUUGAGUGAUAAGCAAACUGGUUAGGUCUUGUUUUAGGAUUAGUAAACUAUUUUCUAGACUACAACAUGUAUGUACCUAUAAAUAACUGGUGUCUAUUGUAGCUUUAUCCUUUCUGUACUCCCUUGAUGAACAUACCGGAGACAUGGAGAGAUGAGAUGUGGACAAUAUUGUACAUAAGAGAUGAGUCAGACCUACAUACAGUGUGCUCAUGUGUCAUGAUGUAGAUGUCUGUAUCUAUAGAUUCAUAUAUGAGGUGAUCACAACUUACAAUAGCCCAUACAUACUGCUCCAUAUCUGUGAGUGCUACAUACAUACACACAUAUACAUGUACCGGUAGGUUACACACAAACUCCUAUCCAGUUUGUGCUCAUAGUGUCAGAUCUAGAGCGACCUCUGUGUUUCUAUCUGCAGCAAAACAUUGAGGACUAAGCAACGAAAAGACCAACAUGUUUGACUCAAAUUUAACUCAAAUUUGGUUCAAUC